AUGAAAGAUUACAAAUACGAAUCGUUGCCCAAUGGUCCCUCCAUCCGCUUAUUGGUUAUCCAUCCGGCUAAAAACCUUAAUGAGCCGUUGGUCUGCGAUGUCAGAGUCAUUUCACUAGAUGAAAACCACCCAGACUAUGCAGCACUGAGUUAUACUUGGGGUGACAACACUACGAACAACAACAACGUUGUCCACUACGUUAUCUGCAAUGGACAAAAGCUAGCCAUUACCACAAAUUUGAAUCAAGCCCUCCGGCGAUUUCGCCAGUUCAAGACCUGCGAGUGUAUCUGGGCCGACGCUAUCUGUAUCAACCAGCUCGAUAACAUGGAGCGCAACACGCAAAUCCUUCUCAUGAAACGAAUCUAUCAGCAAUCUAGAAUGACCUAUAUAUUUCUAGGA